AAAUCGACGUCGAAGCACCCAAAAAUGAAGAUGGUAGUUGGGGGACAUUUAUGGUAAUGUGAAAAUAAUGCAAAAAUGAAGAUGGUGUUGUUGGGGAACCUUUAUCGUGAUGUGCUCGAUGUUGUAUGCCCUUAAAAUUCACGUCCCAAUUUUCUCUAAAUGGGUAUGGAGUUUGUGAACGAUGAUCAAACCAUAACAUACGCAGAAUCACUCACGAUUCUUCGCUAAUCGAUCCCCAAUUCUUGAUCAAUUUAGUUAACCCCAUUCCCCUGAUCGUUUUCCUACAGAAAACCCGUUAAAUUUGCGUAAAAUUAACUAGCUUUUUCUUCGAUUUAUCCAAAACCCACAUAUCGAGAACCCUUGUUGAAAUCAAAUGGAAUUCAACACCAUUAAAAUCAAUUCAACCUUCACUUCACCAUUUGAGAGCUCUCCCAGAGCAGAUGAUGAUAACUCACCAUUCAGAAAACCACUUAGUUUAUGGCCAGGUAUGUACCAUUCUCCUGUCACAGCUGCUUUGUGGGAAACUAGGACAAAAAUCUUCGAGAGACUUCUUGAUCCACCAAAAGACGCUCCUCCACAAAGUGAAUUGCUCACAAAAACCCCAGCUCAAAGCAGGACAACAAUUCUCUACAAUUUUUCAACUGAUUACAUAUUGAGAGAACAGUAUCGGGAUCCUUGGAAUGAGGUCAGAAUUGGGAAAUUGCUUGAAGAUCUUGAUGCACUAGCUGGCACAAUUUCCGUCAAGCACUGCUCAGAUGAAGAUAGCAUGACAAGGCCCUUAUUACUGGUUACUGCAUCUGUUGACAAAAUGGUUCUCAAGAAAACAAUUAGUGUUGAUGGUGAUCUAAAAAUGGGUGGUUCUGUUGUAUGGGUGGGGCGUUCUUCCAUUGAAGUUCAACUUGAAGUUACUCAGUUAUCAAUCGAUAGCACUGUAAUUACAGAAACAGUAGCUCUAUCAGCCAAUUUCAUAUUUGUAGCCCGUGAUUCCAAAACCGGGAAAGCAGCCCCCGUGAAUCGACUCUCUCCCCAAACAGAAACCGAAAAAUCGCUUUACAAAGAAGCAGAUGCAAGAAACGUAAUGAGAAAAUUGAAAAAAGGAGAAAAAAAAGGGAUUGAAAACGGAGAACAAAAUCGACUUGAUUCGUUAUUGGCUGAAGGUCGUAUCUUUUGCGAUAUGCCUGCAUUGGCAAAUAGAGACGCGAUUCUUCUUAGAGACACGCGACUUGAAAACUCAUUGAUGUGUCAACCUCAACAAAGAAACAUUCAUGGAAGAAUCUUUGGAGGGUUUUUGAUGCAUCGAGCUUUUGAGUUGGCUUUUUCAACUGCUUACACUUUUGCAGGAUUGAUGCCCUAUUUUCUUGAAGUUGACCAUGUUGACUUUCUUAGGCCUGUGGAUGUUGGUGAUUUCCUACGUUUCAAGUCGUGUGUCCUAUAUACGGAAUUUGAACACGCGGAGAAGCCUUUGAUUAAUGUUGAAGUUGUUGCACAUGUUACAAGGCCCGAGCUGAGGUCCAGUGAGGUUUCGAACACGUUUUAUUUCACGUUUACUGUGCGUCCGGAGGCGAAAGCGAAUGAUGACAAAUUUAGGAUCCGGAAAGUGGUUCCAGCCACAGAAGAGGAAGCGCGCAGGAUCCUUGAGCGCAUGGAUGCUGAGUCAUUGCUGGUUAAGUGAUCUCUCAAGUAUUUGAGAAUUCUGAAAUAAACUGAAAAACUAAUUUAAGUUAAUUAGAGAAAGAGAAAGAGAGAGACUCAUGAGUUUGAGCUAAAACUUGUUUAUGAUGCUUGUUGCAACAGUGUAAGGGGAAAUAAGAGUAUCGACUAACUUCAAAUUAUGAAAUUCUUCAACAUCAAUGUAGUGAUGUGGGAAGACAAAAACAAGAUGUAUGAAUGUCAAAUGAAUAAAUCUUGAAAACUAAGUUAAAGAACAAA